AUGUCUUUUUUGAGUCAACAAGCGGCAGCCUUCAAGUCACAAAUAGCUACUCAACCAGUACUCCCACGCCCAAAAAUAUCAACCGCGGUGUCUUCGUCCUCUUCAACUAAUACAAACUCUGGAGUUCCAGCAAAAAGAGCCAGAGAGGAUGCAUCAGCAGGAAUUGGUGUUGGCGCUGGGGGACCCAAGAAAAAGAAACCAGUAUUCAUGCAUACCCUUAGUAAAUUACAUAAUGUCAUAAACUUCCUAAAGGAACACGUCGAUCUCCCGCAAACACUCAACGACUUCAAAGAGGCAAACAUCGAGAUUGAAAAAGAUCCGCAACUGUUAAGUCUAAUGCAAAAUAGUGAGAAAAUACUAUAUGAUCCAGUCGGAGACACAUACCAAUACAAAGCAAGUAUUAACGCCUUUUCCUUGGCACAUUUAAUCAUUCGUGAUAAGGAAGAUUUGGUUAAAUUGUUAUUUGAAAGAAAAGAUUCUAAACCAUGUGGAAUGCAGUUCAAAGAUUUGGCUGAUUCUUACAUUGAUCUUAAAAAAGCAAUAAACGAACUCGAAGAGGAAAAACGAAUUUUGGUCAUACGAUCAACGAAGGAAAACGCACCGCGCAUCAUAUUCUGGAAUUCUACGGAAGAAGAUACGCAGAUGGACAAAGAAUUUGUCGAGAUAUUCCAUAAAGUUAAAGUCCCUGAAGUUCAAGUUGACUUGCCGAAAGAACUCCAGAAGGCCGGUCUACAAACGAUGGAAGUUUAUGAGAACAAGACUAAAACUGAGAACAAGCAAAAACAACGAAAGAAGAAGCAAAUGAAUCGGAAGAUCAAAAUUCACAACACUCACGUAAACAUCGAUCUUACUAAAGAUUAUCCCCACCGCGGUUGA